CGCGUAGUUUUCGUCUCGCGUUUUGUGUAUAAACUUUCAAGAUUCCUCACUACAAGAUGGAAGAUUUCUUGAAAAUCGAGAAGAUAGGGGAAGGUACCUAUGGGGUGGUGUACAAGGGAAAGAAUAAAGUGACUGGCCAGCUGGUCGCUAUGAAGAAAAUCAGAUUAGAGUCGGAAGACGAAGGAAUACCAUCCACUGCAAUUAGAGAAAUCUCCUUACUGAAAGAGCUUUGCCACCCAAAUAUAGUGAAACUAGAAGAUGUACUCAUGGAGGAGUCCCGCCUGUAUCUCAUAUUUGAGUUUCUUUCCAUGGAUCUUAAGAAAUACAUGGAUUCUCUUGGACAGGGCAAGUUCAUGGACCCAGCUGUGGUGAAGAGCUACUUGUAUCAGAUAAACUCUGCAAUUCUUUACUGCCACCAGCGACGCAUCCUGCAUAGGGAUUUGAAACCGCAAAACCUUCUAAUUGACAAGACUGGCAUCAUCAAGGUGGCGGAUUUCGGGCUGGGUCGCACGUUUGGCGUACCAGUUAGGGUGUACACGCAUGAAGUGGUUACUCUUUGGUACAGAGCACCCGAAGUUCUGCUGGGCUCACAACGGUAUGCGUGCCCCAUUGAUUUGUGGUCCCUGGGAUGUAUAUUCUCCGAGAUGUCAUCAAAGAAACCUCUCUUCCAAGGAGACUCCGAGAUCGAUCAGCUAUUCCGUAUUUUCAGAAUGCUCCGUACGCCGACAGAGGACAUCUGGCCCGGCGUAACACAGCUACCCGACUACAAAUCCACCUUCCCCAAUUGGAACACUUAUAGCUUGCACAAUCACGUGCAAAACCUAGACGAAGAUGGUAUGGAUCUCCUUCAAAAGAUGUUAGUCUACGAUCCGGUGAAACGCAUCUCGGCAAAGGAAGCUAGACGCCACCGCUACUUCCGCAACGUGAAGCUGCCAGGAGGGCUCGCCAUACAGCCGUCUUAUAUUCACUACAGCUCGGAUUCCGACGACAGUCCGCACUACCGACGCGCAUGAUUCAGGUUGUACUAUUGGUGACUAAUGACCAACGAUCUGCAUAAGGUGUUCCAGAUGAGUAGAUAAAUGUCUACGUAUAGAUACAAGGAGCAACAUAGACUGGUUAAACCCACCAAUUAUCAAUUAAUUACUUGUUUCGAAUUUCGGAUUUUCGGAAAUAAAUUUACUUCAUCGUAAGAUAGAAUUACUCACUUAUGAAGCUGAAGUUAUAUUUUAAAGCAAUGCUUGGGGAGCCAUGUAAAGAAAUGUAGUAGGUAAGUAAUUACGUUAUUAAUAAUAAUAUACACAUCAAAAAUGUCGAGGGAUCAAAUACGUUUUUGCCAAUUACUGAAAAUUUGGUUUGUUAAUUAUUUUUUGAACACCA